GUUGGCUAAGGCGUCCGGGCGUGCCUGUGUCAUUCUCCUGAGGGACGUCGUGGUGCACUGAUGGUGGCGCUGAAGUUUUUACUCGUGUUGGCAUGCGUGGCGGUGGCGGCGGUUCAGGCCGACUCGAAGCCACAUGCCAAAGCCGACUCGAAAUCGGGACCGAACCCGGAAGCUAAACCCAAACCCGGCCCGAACCCGAAACCGAAUCCGAAACCGAUUCCGACCCCGAACCCGAAGCCCAAAGUUGAUCCGAAAGCAAAACCCGACCCCGAUUCGAAGUCUCAGGGCGGGUUCGUGAGACCUCUAACGCACCGAAUCCUCGUCAGUCCGAAGCCUCAUGUCCGUGGCUUCGGGGAGAUCGGGAUCGUCUCGCAGCUCGCAGAGAGCUCAAACAGGAUAGACGAACCCACGACGCAAAAUCCUUUUAGAGAAGACAUCGAGAGGAGAGGACCUUUUCCACACAGACUCCGCCCUGUUCCUGUUGUUGAUGGCCAUCCUACGGGGAAAUCGGCGGAUGCCCAGAACAACGGCUUCGAGGUCCCCGUCGGCACAGGCAUCUUCGUGAACUCCAGGCCCUUUGACCCCUCCCCCCCCUCCCAGCCGUCCUUCCCCGAGACCACGCCCACUAUUUUCCACCGCCCCAAUUUUCCCUCUCAGACGCCCUCUCCUUUCCCUGACGCCUAACUUCCC